AUGUCUGACGCCGCGCCGGUCACGGCUACUGUUGAUGCGCCGCCAUUGCCCACCCCAACGAACGUGAAGCCGCCGCGCAAGAAGCCACUGAGGACGGAAGAAGCUAACCCCCGUCUGCUCGCUCAGGCGAACGGCGUCUCCGCACAGCAGCAGAAGCAGCGGGACAAGGAGUUUGCCACGCACAAGGCGCACAUUCUGGCCAAUCUGCAGACGAACGCGUGUGACCUGAGCCCCAAGGGAAGCGUAGAUGCGAAGUGUCUCCCUGUGAUGGAUGUGCUCAACACGCACAAGGACUACGUCACCACGAGCAGCUGCAGCGGACGCAUUGCCCUCUUCCACAGCAUCACGCACAGCAAGGCUUGUGAGACCGACGAUGGGGAGGCAACGCCGGGGCCGCGCAUGAAGCGUGGCGAAAACGCGGCGCUUGGUUGGGUGUUCGUGAAGCACGGCAUGCUGCGCCCGAUGGAGAUGGCCCAGGUGGUGGGUUUCCUCUGCGGAGCACCCACCACGCCGGAGGACGUGGCGCUGGAUGCGGCGCAGAUGGAGAAGCACGCGGCUCACAUGGCCUCUGUGAGCAGCAGCGCCUACUGCCACGGCGCCGCCCCUGGUUCCUUGCCUGCUGGGAUGUAUGAUGGCGAGGUGGAGGGAGUGCUGGUGGAGGCGAGAGGAGGCGGAGGCGAGGUUGCAGCACUGCCCGUUCCUACGCGCGGCACCGUGUCGCUCAAGAUGGAGCCGUUUGUGAUGCACGUUCAGUGCCGCACGAUGGAGGCUGCAAAGCUGUUGCUCUCGGCGGCUGUUAGUGACAGCGGGUACCGCAACAGCGGCGUUGUCCCGCCUGGCAAGAAGAUUAUGUGCGGCAUCCGCAGUGCUGCUGGACUGGGACUGGAGGUGCCUGUCGUCGUUCACGGCGUCAACCACGUGGCGUCUCAGCGGGCAUACGUUUGGGCGCUGCUGGGACUCGCGAAUGAAAAGAUGGAGGCGAACGAGAAGAAGAUUCGGCUGCUGGAGAAGUCCGUGGUGGCCCGCGUCUUGCCGGCGUGA